CUGUACGACGUACAGUGUACAGCGGUUCCGUGCGCGAUUCCCGUGGGGGAAACAUUGUUGCUGUGAUACGACGAUAGUCUUUUAUUCAGAGACGCGAAAUGAAACGCGAGCGUAUUCCAAGAAGACAGGGCGAAAACUGGCAGUGCACGUUUACCAGUUUGACACGACGGCGACGACAACGUUCGAAUCGCCUCCAACGGAUCUACGAUGUUUGACGAUUGCAUAUUCUUGUCGUUGCGGUUCCCGCAGAAACUGUGGCGAAUCGUGAACGAGUGCAAGAGCGGCGCUAUACGCUGGAGCCUGCACGGCAACACGAUUCUCCUCGACUACAAGAAGUUUCAGGAACAAUAUCUUCACGCGGGCAAUUCCAUCUUCAAAACGAAGAACAUUACCAGCUUUAUACGGCAACUGAACCUUUACGGUUUCCGGAAGGUGACGUCGCACAACCGGGAUCCGAUCUGCAACUCGCACAACCCGGACGUGCAUGAGUUCUUACACGAGAACUUUCGCACUGGCCGACCGGACCUCUUGUCGAGGGUAUACCGAAAGACAUCUGUCGCCGCCGCCGCCGCCGGGAAACUCAAACAUUGUCAACGCAUACAGAAAACCAGAAUCACGGAACAGAGUUUCGAAAACAAGAAGGAUCACCGCGUGUCGCGCCUGCACACGUGCCGGUUGGCGUUAACAAAAGCUUUAGAACAGAUAUCACGAGAGUAUCAACGAACGAAUCAACGUAGAAUAAGGAACGGAAAUUCCUUAAAUUGUCCCGAGAAAGUAUUUAGUCUGGGUUUAUACACCCCGCAGAACCAUGAACCUCCUAUAGAUUGGAUCGCGAAAUAUCCGGUGCCGAUUGCUUCUAAAAAGGAGAACUCGUCCGAAGUUGCACCUAGUUGCAAUGUUUAUCAUCUAAACUGGAAUAUUCCGAAGAAUAUCAAUUAAAUCUACUUGAGAAUAUGUAUUCGGAACAUUACUCGUCAGUAACAUUAACUACACUUACGCGUCCUUCGAAUAAUAACAAUAAUAAUGGUAAUGAUGUUGAUAAUAAUAAUAGUAAUAGUAGUAGUAAUAGUGGUAAUAUAGAAUGAUGCACGUAUGUCGUUUAUAUCGAAUGUACAAUGUCUUUGUCAUUAAAAGUUUAUUUAUCGAUA